AUGCCGAAGAUUAUGAGAGCCUCCAGGCGCAAGUCUGUGGCCAGCAACGUCUCUUCGAGGAGAGGUAGCACCGUGCUCGUGGCCCCCCUGUCUCCGGGCCGCGGCGGCGCAGCUCGUGCCCCAAGGACGAGGGGUGCCGCGGCUCGUGGUAGGACGAAAAGGGGAGAGCGGGCGGCGGCCCCGAGGGAGAAGACGAAGAAGGUGGCGCCCCGGGCGGCGGCGGUGGGCUCCCCGCCGGUCCUCAACGAGAUCCCGACGCAGCCGCUCGACGUGUACACGUUCGGCUCGGGCGGCAGCGGCGAGCUGGGGCUCGGGGCGGACGUGCCCGUGCCCGGCAACCCCGAGAGCACGAUCCUGCUCAGGCGGCCGCUGCGGAACCCCGCGCUGGCCAUGGCGGCCGGCGACGGCGACCCCGUGGUGCAGGUGUCGGCGGGCGGCAUGCACUGCGCGGCCGUGACGGCGGCGGGCCGGGUCGUGACGUGGGGCGUCAACGACACGGGCGCCCUGGGCAGGCGCACCGACGUCGGCGGCGGCGAGGACGACGACGACAACGAGUUCGGGCUCAACAAGCUCGAGAGCACGCCGACCGAGAUCCCCGAGAACAGGUUCGGUCCUGCGCCCGCUCCCAAGUUCGCACAGGUCGCCGCUACCGACAACGCCACCUUUGCGCUCACCGAGGACGGGAACGUGUGGGGGUGGGGGACUUUCAGGAACCAAAACGGCAUCUUCGGCUUCCUCAAGUCCUCCCUCGUCGACAAGCCCAACCCCACCGACCAAGACCGGAUCCAGCUCAGGCCCGUGCGCAUCCCGGGCCUGCCCGCUAACAAGGUCACCUCCCUCUCGGCCGGCUCGGCCGUGCACGUGGCCGGCGGGAGCCACCACAGCGUCGCGUGCGCGCGCGACGGCAGCGUGCUGUUCUGGGGGAGGUGCGAGGACGGCCAGGCGGGCAUGGACGCGGCGGCGCUGCCGGAUGGGGACGUCGAGGUGGACGAGAAGGGGGGCGUGAGGAGCGUCAGGGUGCCGAGUGUGGUGCCUGGCAUCAAAGCGGUGCGCGUCGGGGCUGGAACGGACUGUACAUUCGCCAUCACCGCCAACGGUCAAGUCCACGCCUGGGGGUAUUCGGAAGGCUACCGCACCGGCCUGGGCACCGAAAACACAAUUAAACAACCCAAACAGAUCACCAAAGACGCCAAUGCGGCCUCUUUGACCACCAGAGCCUUCGAAUCGGUGCAGCCUGGUGGGCAGUUUGGCGUCAUUACUGCGCCGUCAGCAGAAUAG